AUGGACAAUUUUCCAAACAUUGGAGCAUCUGGCGAAGACGUUGAUAAUUUUGUGGAUAGCUUUGAAGAUUUUACUGAGGGAACUACAGAAAAUAAUCCCGAUUUAGAUGGAAGUAAUGAUGAGUUUGCAGAGUUCGAAGACGCUACAUUUGAGCCUGCAACAGAUUUACCUGAACAAUCUAGUGGCUCAACUUUAGUAGUAACCUUGCCUUCAAAACCCAUUAAUCCUAUACCGACUUCAAAUAAAGCGGUGACUUUAUCAGCACCUGUUAGUCGUUCAUCGACACCUGAUUCAACACAUAAUAAUCUUUCAAGUUCUUCCCAUGGUAAUCUUCCAAAACAAAAAAUUUCGCAGACACAGAUCGAUGAACCUAAACAACUUGACAUAG